UCAGGGGCCACUGGCUACAGUUUUUCUUCUGUCACACCGGCAGCUGGAGUGCCACAAGUUAACGAUGCGAAUAAAUUCUCCUUUGGUGGAAAUGGUAAGAUGAUGUUUGGCCAGUCGGCAGAGGAGCCAUUCUCCCUCACCCCAAAGUCUCCCUCCCCUGCUCUCGGCACCGCCUCCCCCACCCUGCCCCUAAACAUGUCAGGAGACAAACCGGCCCUGAGGACAGAGCCACAGCCCCUGAAGACCAUUGGGGGGGAAACUCUGGGCAUCUUCUCUGGACUACGUGUGGGCCAUGGAGAAGAAGCCCAAGAUGCAUCCGCCAAACCCACCGCUGGCUCAUUUAGCUUUGGGGAAACUGGACUCGGUCUAGGCAAGGGAGCGGCGCAGUUUAGCUUUGCUCCAGGCCCACAAAAGUCUGCAGACGAUUCUGCAGGAGCGGACCUUUCCAAGGGGGCAGCGUCAGGGAGUUUGUUCAAGCCCCCUGAACAAAACCCCAAGCCGGCCUUCUCCAUCCCUCAGUCCGGUUUAACGGCCUUGGCUUCACCUACGUCUUUCAGCAGUCUUCUUGCGGCUUCUCCAGACCCUUCAGAGGAGCAGAAAGGUUCCCCACCACCUUAUGAACCCACCCCACCUCCAGCUGUAGAGAGCCCCAGCCCCCCUGCAGCCCCCGAGCCUGCAGAAGAUGCAGCUGCCUCAGAAACCACAGCGAUUACAGCACCAUCGCCCUCACUUCCUUUGGCCGCAACCUCCCCGCCCCCAUACCCUCCCUCAUAUUUCACCGCCCCAGCUGAUGCAGUCCCACCAGCCAGUGCGGCUCCCACAACAGAAGCCCCCCUAGACAGCACCACGACCGCUAGUCCUGUGCCCACAUCUGCUGCCCCCGCCCCUGCUGUAGCACCCACCCCUGCUGUAGCUCCAACAGCCUUCCAGGUGCCCAGUUCUGACAAACCAGGCUCCAUUUUCACUCAAACGACCCCCACAAUAACGGACAGCAGUUCCCUCGGAGCUACACCAGUUAUCAGCACAGUUGCCGCUGCAGGCACCACCCCUACCUCCACUGUUGUUAGCACAGCUACUACUGCUAGCACUGUGUUUGGGCAACCUGCUGCCCCUCCAGCUUCCUCUGCCCCCUCAGCCCCAGGGUUUGGCUCAACUGCGUUUGGUACACCCUCUGCACCUGGUUUUGGAAAUUCUGUGUUUGGCCAGGUGAGUGGCUUCGGCCAACCUGCCACCAACACUGAAACACCUGGCGGCUUUUCUUUUGGCCAAUCUGCAUUUGGUGCGAGUUCUAACAGCGCAACUACUGGAGGAAGUCUCUUCGGUGCCGCCACUGCCACCAAUGCCAGUUCCUUCUCCUUCGGCACGAGCAGCGCCAACACAGCCAGCAGCACCGGGGCAGGACUGUUCGGACAAACCACAGCACCGGCAUUUGGCCAGAGCUCUGGAUUUGGGCCAGGGCCUGUGUUUGGGAGUAACACCACCACAUCUUCAUCUACAGGAUUUGGAUUUGGACAGCCCUCAGGUGAGA